GGAGCGCAGGCGCAGUUCCGGGCUACGCACACGCGCGGCGGGUGCGGGGCUGGGGAGAUGCAGCCGCCGCCGCGCAAGGGGAAGCUGAGCCAGGUGGUGAAGCUGCAUUUCGCCGAGCAGCUGUGCGGGCUACACAGCAAGCAGCAACGGGAUGCCGAGCUGCUGGAGGACAUCAGGUCCUACAGCAAGCAGAGGGCUGCGAUUGAGCGGGAGUACGGGCAGGCGCUGCAGAGGCUGGCAAGCCAGUUUGUGAAGAGGGACUGGCAGCGGGGCCGCGGUGAUGCUGGAGACUCAAGGAGUGUCUUUGCUGUCUGGAAGGGUAUUAUUGAGGGGACCGCAUACACCGGGCAGGCCCGCGUCACCGCCUCUGAGAGCUACCGCAGCCUUGCUGCUGAGGCCACCAAGAGCUCCCGGCUGUCCAAGGAGAGGAUGCUUAAGAAGAGCAUGGAGCAGCUGCAGAAGGCACAGGCGGAGCUGCUGGAGACGGUGAAGGAGCUGGAUAAAGCAAAGAAGCAGUUCAGCCACCUGCAGCGCAGCAGCGAGGUGGCCAAGGACAAGGCAGCUGACGUGGAGGCACGGCUCCGUAAAAGUGACCGGAGGAUUUUCCACACCAAGGCCAGCCUGCAGAAACUCAGCGCCAAGUUCUCCAUGCAGAUGGCGGAGUUCUCGAAGCAGCGGGCAGGGGUGCAGAACGAGUACGUGCUGACGCUGGUGUCUGCCAACGCACACCUGGAGCACUACUACCAUGUGGAGCUGCCUGCCAUCAUGCAGGCUCUGGAUGGGGACCUGUAUGAGCGGCUGCGGGACCACCUGAGCACGGCCAGCCGGGCAGAGGUGGAGAGCUGCGAGGCCACACAGGAUUGGUUCCAGCGCAUCUCAGAGGCAGCUGCACGGGUGUGCCGGGAGCAGGACCUCCUCCUGUUCCUGCAGGACCACACUGCCUUCACGCUGGCACCUGAGCAGCGCUUCCAGCUUGAUGGCAUCCAGGAGGUGUCCCUGCUACAGCCUGAGGAUGGCGGGGCUGGCCUGGAGAAGGAGGCACGGCGCUGGGCCAUGCGGGCGACGCGAGACAGCAAGAACAAGGCACAUGGCGAGGAGGUGCUGCAGAGGCUGGAGGCCAGGAGGCAGCAGGUCCCUGAGGCAGAGGUGGCUGCUGUGGAGCGGCAGAUGGAGGAAGUGCGAGAAAACAUCUGGAAGGCAGAGGUUGGCAGGGCAAAGGCAGAGGCACGGCUGGCACUGCUGCGCGCAGCGGGGCUGGAUGUGGAUUCCUGGCUGGCUGGGGCUGUACGGGCAGGUGAAGAGCUCCCACGCAUGCCCAGCACCGAGGCACCCACGGGGCUGGACCCUGCUGAGUUCGAUGACUAUGAUAGCGAUGAGACGUUUGAGGAGGCUGAGCCUGGGCACGCUGCCCGCACCUACCCCUACACCUGUCGGGUCAUCUUCGGGUACCAGGGCUGCCAUGCAGAUGAGCUAUCCAUCGCGCAGGGAGAGGAGCUGGAAGUUAUCGAGGAUGGUGACAUGGAGGAGUGGGUGAAGGCUCGGAACAAGGCGGGCCAGGUUGGCUAUGUCCCCGAGAAGUACCUGCUGUCCCUGAGCUGUGUGGGCAGCGAGCCGGGCUCUGCUGCCAGCACUGGAGCCACGGGACCCUCGGGGGCAGCCCUGCAGCGGCAGCUGUCCAGCAUCAUGGCCGCAGAGCUGGUCCUGGAGCCCGGAGCCUGGCUGGUGCGAGCCCUGUAUGACUAUGAGGGGCAGAGCCCCGAGGAGCUGAGCUUCCCUGAGGGAGCCAUCAUCCGCGUGCUGCCCCGUGCUGAGGACGAGGUGGACGAUGGCUUCUGGACUGGAGACUUCGAUGGCCGAGUUGGUGUCUUCCCCUCGCUGGUGGUGGAGGAACUGACUGGCGCACGGGGCAUGGCCGGGCAGGAACUUCCCUCACCAUCCCCACCGCCCUUCUCCCCUCCUGGCCUUGCACCCAGUGCCAGCCUGGGUUCCAGCCCUGAACCGCUGCUGGGAGGUGAGUGCCAGGGGGGUGGCCUUGGGGGCACACAGAGCCUGUCUGAGCCUUCCAUGGAUCUAGUCUGCAGGCAGGAGGGCGCAGGCAGUGGGCAGAGCUCUCCAGACCUGGCAGCCAACCGCAUCCGUCCGCUCCGUGCACCGCCCCCACCGCCCGGCCGAGCCCUUGAUCUUGAGCAGGACCUCAGCUGACCCUGGGGUGCCCCCAGCCCUCCCCAGGCUGCAAAAUCUUUGCCCAUCCGCACAAGCCCCUCACCCCUGGGCUACUCUCAGCCGCGCAGAGGGGAGCAGGACCUGCCCCACACCCUGCUGCUCCUCAAGCUGGUCUCCUUGGGGCCCGCA